AUGGCUGCUGAUCGCUUCGUAUGCAUGCAGGACAUCAAGGAUGCCGCAAGGACGGGAGGGAACCUUGACACUCUCCUCGACUUGCUGACGAUUGCAUGGACCAUGUCUAUCCCACGCGAGACCAACACCUCCUGGAUUGUGGUACCACCUCUGGAAAGCCACGGCCAGGUGAAUGCAUCUCCCCUUGAGCGUAUAGAGUACGAGGCAGCCCAUUCAUUACUACAUUUCCGCGGAGACAGGGAAUUGCCCCAGCUUGUUCACGGCGGUCGGAAUGAGGAACCGCAGAGAUUGAUCCACUCCUUUGGCCACCGUGACACUUUGCUGUCUGGCCUUUCUCGACGGUCCAGAGUCCGUCGCGCGACACAGGCCUGUGAUCAAUGUCGAGUUCGGAAAGUAAGAUGCGAUGAGAAAGGGCCGAGGUGUACACAUUGCGAGGAGUACGAUCUGUCAUGCGUCUACAAAAUGCCGACUUAUAAGUUAGUUGUUCUCCUCGCUCCCUGCCGGGUAUUAUGUAUUUGUGUUGAGAUCGGGACAGAAAGGACAGAGAGCUCCAACAGCUCCUGGAUCGGAUACGAAAGUUGGGCGAGAGCUUCGAGGAGCGUUUAUCAUCUGUGGAAGAUGCGCAGGUCAAGCACAGCUUCCUGGUGA